GUAGAUCACCCCCCUCUCAUGUAGGCUUUUAGAAAACCUCUCACAACAUUGGCGAUUGUUCUCACAAGAGGCGACGCAUGUAUACGUCUGAGUGAGUAGUGACAGAAUCGACCUUGUAUUGCUCCAAGCAAGAAUGGCCAAGAUAGAGAGGCUUCCCGGCACUAAUGUAGCUAACUUCUUAGAGAAGCGACAGCUGCUUAUUGCGAUCAACUGCAUCGCUGCGCUGUCUAUCUUCUUUUUUGGAUAUGAUCAGGGUAUGAUGUCUGGAGUGAACAACUCUAAGGACUAUAUCGAUCUCAUGGGCCUCGGAUAUGUCGAUCCUGACACAGACGAACCUAUUAUCACGGACAGUUUACUACAGGGCGGUAUCGUCUCCGUCUACUACCUGGGGACUUUAAUUGGGUGUCUAGGCGGAGGAUGGGUUGGCGAUAAAAUCGGUAGAAUAAAGACUAUCGCCUUAGGAUCGGUAUGGGCCGUUAUAGGAGCAAGCUUGCAGUGCUCGGCCAUGAAUCACAACUGGAUGAUCUGCGCUCGCGCUGUGAACGGCAUCGGAACUGGUAUCCUUAAUGCCAUCGUCCCUGUCUGGGCGACUGAAACGGCAGAACACACUUCGAGAGGGCAGUUCAUCGCUAUCGAGUUUACCCUAAACAUCUUCGGUGUUGUCGUAGCUUACUGGCUCGAAUUCGGCUUGUCGUUCAUCGAUAAUGGCAAUUCGGCACUCCGAUGGCGAUUCCCCAUCGCAUUCCAAAUCAUCCCGCUCCUCGUACUCCUAGGAGCGGUCUGGUUCUUCCCGGAAUCGCCUCGAUGGCUUGCCAAGGUUGGGCGCGUUGAAGAAGCCCGCUUCAUCCUGCAUCGACUAAGAGGAUCGACGGGAGAGGAUCUUCAGAGGGCCGAGUCGGAGUUGCACGACAUCACUAACAUCGUCGCCCUCGAAUCCAAAGAGUCUCAAAAGAACUCGUAUCUACAUAUGCUUUUUGGCAUCGGCUCGGGCGAGUUGCACACCGGACGACGUGUGCAACUUGUCAUCUGGCUGCAGAUUAUCCAGGAAUGGGUUGGUAUCGCCGGUGUCACCGUUUACGCGCCUACUAUCUUUCGCAUAGCCGGCUUCGACACAUUUAAGAGCCAGUGGAUUAGCGGUCUGAACAACAUCUUCUAUAUGUUCGCUACUCUCGUCUGCGUCUUUACUUUGGAUCGUAUCGGCCGUAGGUGGACUUUGUACUGGGGUGCUGUCGGUCAAGGAAUCGCCAUGUUCCUUGCCGGCGCCUUUUCUAAGCUGGGCCAAGAUGCGACUGCGAACGGCGAACUGGAUAAAGCCAGCUCUUACGGAGCAGCAGCGGCAUCUUUCGUAUUUAUAUUCACUUCCGUCUUCGGUGCAACCUGGUUGACGGUGCCUUGGUUAUACCCUGCCGAGAUCUUUCCUCUCCAGGUCCGAGCAAAGGGGAACGCCUGGGGUGUCGUCGGCUGGUCGAUUGGAAACGGAUGGCUGACGCUUCUGUGCCCGGUCAUGUUUUCGAAUAUUGGUUCCACGACGCUACACAUCUUCGGUGCGUGCAACAUACUAGCUAUUCCAAUCGUUUGGGCUCUCUACCCUGAGAGUAACCAGCGGACGCUAGAGGAGAUGGACCUCCUUUUUGCAGCACCCACUCCAUGGGUUUGGGAUGCCGAGAAGACAUUUGCGCGACUCAAGGAAGAGCGGCCAGACCUUAUUCAGGCUGCUAAAAGAGGCGAGCAUGUCGUCGACCCUGAGGCUGGAAUCCUAGCGCGCCCCGCAACUCCAAAGAACGAGACGGCUAUCCAUACGGAAAGCGAGGAAAAUGCGUCCCCAUAGAUAGACUAUUAUCUCCAACUACAGUGAGGCAUGUCACCUUUCGGCACGGUUAAUCAUGAUUUCACCAUCUUCUGGCAUCUUUAGAGGAUCGGUAUAAAUAAGACGGGUGCUUAAGUAUAAUAAGGAGAGUGAUCCAGAAACACAUAGACUCCAGCUGUCUAAGACUAGAAUUGGUGAAGAGUAUCGAUACCCCUGGACUUUAGCGUAUAGCCUGAAUCAAUUAUAUUUCUAC